UGAACCAUCGUAAUGGUCUUCCGUCGCGUGAUUCGCCAUCCUGGUUUAACCUGAUUGCCGCUUCUAAAAACUUAUCGUCCCGAUGAGGUGACGAGUUGUCGAGAGUGUAAAUUCUAAAAACUCUCAGAUUUUUAUGUAAAGCGGCCUGUUCUACGUGUAAACAUGUGUCGUUUCUGUUUUUAAUGAGUAUAUUUACCGAGUGUGAAAAUGGCCCAGGAGACUGACGAUAUCAAUUUGACUCCCCAAGAAUUACAAAUACUAUCUGAGUUAGACAGUAGGCAGUUUGGAUUUUUAAAAUUAAACUCACCAGAGCAAUCAAAGAAAAAAGCUUUAGUGGUACGUGCAAUUAAAUAUCUCGAAAGAAUGCUAGUUCAGGCACAAGCUGAAAAACAACGUAGAAAAGCGGACAGUACAAAAAUAAACCCCGAUGAAUUAAAAGAUGACGACGAAGAUAAGGGAAUUAGUAUCGAUCCUAAAACAUACUGCAAACUGGGACAUUUUCAUUUACUUUUGGAGGACUAUAGCAAAGCUAUGUCAGCAUAUCAGAAGUUUUACUCUUUAAAAGGAGAUUACUGGAAAGAUGCCUCAUUUUUGUAUGGACAAGGACUUGUCUAUUACCACUUCAAUGCUUUUCAAUGGGCCGUGAAAGCAUUUCAGCAGGUGCUAUGGGUGGAACCAGGAUUUCCACGGGCCUGCGAGGUUCACCUACGACUCGGCUUGAUGCUGAAGGUCCAUGCUGAUUUUGAUGCCGCCUUGAAGCACCUGACACUCGCCUUGAUCGAUGCCACCACACCUGCCUCUUUCUCCAAACUCGAAAUAAAAUUUCAUAUAGCCCAUUUGUACGAAGUCCAAGGGAAAUAUCGUUUAGCAAGGGAUCAUUACGAAGCGUUGCUGAAAGAAAAGGCACUACCUUCUCAUUUAAAGGCUGACAUUUGCCGUCAAUUAGGAUGGAUGUAUCACGUGGUUGACUGUACAGUGUUAGGUAUAACGAGACAGCAAAAACAAGCAAUCGCUAUUCACUGUUUGCAAAAGUCCAUUGAAGCGGAACCGAAGAGCGGCCAAAGCCUUUACCUGUUGGGACGUUGUCUGGCUGCUUCUGGAAAAGUUCAUGAUGCGUUUAUCGCUUACAGAAAUUCCGUGGAAAAAUCCGAAGGCAAUGCCGACACGUGGUGCAGCAUAGGGGUGUUGUACCAACAACAGAAUCAACCUAUGGACGCUUUGCAAGCCUACAUAUGCGCCGUACAAUUAGACAAAUCACACUCGGCCGCGUGGACUAAUGUGGGCAUUUUGUACGAAAGCGUUAGUCAACCAAAGGACGCUCUAGCGUGUUACGUCAACGCAUCCAGGGGUAAUAACGCGCCAAAUUGCACGGGCUCAUUGGCGAGUCUAGGCGGUGCUAAGUCCGGUGGUAACACCCCGAUGAACCCAUCUCUUCAGCAACGGAUCAACUUCUUGCAAAGUCACCUGAGCCAAGCACCAAUGCCUUCCGUCGCUACCAAGAGGCGGCAAUUGCCGUGUAUAGAAGACGCUUGGAACUUACCCAUCAGCGCUGAGAUGUCAAGCAGACAGCAGCAACAACAGCAACCACCCACAGGUCCAGGUUACAAGUACGGUACUACACCUGCCGGGCCACCACCUCCGUAUCCCCAGGGACAAGGACAAAACCUUAAUACAAAAAGAUUUAAGCAAGGAGAAGAGCCAAUUUCUCCAGGUUCGCAACAGCGGCCACCACCCUUUUAUCUUACAUCCCAGCAGCUACAAAUGCUACAGUUUCUUCAACAGAAUCAUGGAAGUUUAACGCCUCAACAGCAAGGUCUGCUUGUUCAGUUGCAGCAACAGUACAGAUGCAUGCAACAACAUCAGCAGCAAAUUAGAUUGCAACAACAACAAGCUGCGCAGAGGGGAUUGAGGCCUGGACAACCUGGUUAUCCCACUGGGUACAAUCACGCACAACUGGGACAAGCUGGUGUAAUAAAGAACUAUGGGAUACCUCAACAACCGCUACAGCAGGGUGGAACCGUUGCAUUGCAAACUGGAUUCUCAGACUCGAAUGUCGGUUACAAUACAGCAGCGACUGGCAACAGCCAAACACCAGGAAUGCCUUACAAGUCUGCUUCUGAUUCAAAUUAUCCUCAGAGACAAUUGUCGUCCGGCCAAUACAACCAGUACCAGCCUAAUCAGUAUACCGCCCAGGGUUAUACUCAGAUAUCAUCAACAACGAGCAAUUAUCCAGAAGGUUCUGCUGGUAACAAGGAUCUAGGAGUCACGGAUCAAGAGUUACAGGCACUGUUGUCGCAGAAGGACAUCGCGACCUCGUUGGCGGAAGAUUUAUUGAAACAUUUUGGCUCCGAGGAUUUAGACGUAAAGGAAGAAGCGCCGAGCAUUAUGAACAAUGGUACUUUAAGUUCCGGUCCGUUUUCACCGUCGAAUCUCGAGGAAAGUACAGAGAAGAUCAAGGAAGUGAAACUGGAGAAGGUAGAGGAUAGCCAACCAUCGUCCACGUCCACGAAACUCGAAACGUACGAGAAGAGUAAUUCGAAGGCGCCUACCACGGCGGUCGAGACGGUUAAGUGCGAGGCGACGUCAAGUACAAAUAAAAUAGAACCGAUUGCUCGAGUCGAGCCGGUUUUGAAAUUAGAGAGCUUAUGCGAAUCGCAGCCCGAGCAAGAACUUAGUAUAGAGAUGGAUUCGAAGACUAUUAUCGAGGCAUGCAAAGGUCAAGGGUUGAAAGGUGUACCAAACUGUUCGAUACUGAGCGAUCGUUCACCACCCCCGGCACCACCCGAUCCACCGAGUCAGAGGCUAACCAAGGAACAGCUCCUACCACCGACUCCUAGCGUUUAUUUAGAAAAUAAGAAGGACGCGUUCAGUCCACAGCUUCAAGAAUUUUGCUUGAAGCAUCCGAUAGCUGUGAUUCGUGGUCUGGCAGCUGCAUUGAAGCUGGAUCUUGGAUUGUUCUCGACAAAAACGUUGGUCGAAGCGAAUCCGGACCAUGGUAUCGAGGUGAGGACGCAAAUGCAACAAACCAGCGACGAAAACUGGGAUCCCGUUAUGGGCAGGAAAGUUUGGGGUUGUAUCAGUCACAGAAGUCAUACAACCAUCGCGAAAUACGCACAGUAUCAAGCAUCUAGCUUUCAAGAGAGUUUGAAAGAGGAAAGAGAAAAAGCUCAAGGUAUACACACCUCGAAUCUGUCCGAUUCUGAUUCGAAGGACAGCACCGGCGCUGUCAGAAGGAAGAAAAAUGCUUUUGGAUUGGCCGGCCGACCAGGCUCGAAAAUGCUGCGGUUUGGGACCAAUGUAGAUUUAUCGGAUGAAAGAAAAUGGAAACCGCAGCUUCAAGAACUGAUGAAAUUACCAGCGUUUGCCAGAGUCGUAUCCGCUGGAAAUAUGCUCAGUCAUGUUGGUCACGUUAUUUUAGGCAUGAAUACUGUUCAGCUGUACAUGAAGGUACCUGGCAGCAGAACACCUGGUCAUCAGGAGAAUAAUAAUUUUUGUUCCAUUAAUAUCAACAUUGGACCAGGUGAUUGCGAGUGGUUCGCGGUACCUGAUGCAUAUUGGGGUGUAAUUUGUUCUCUUUGCGAACGUAAUAAUAUCAACUACCUUCACGGUAGUUGGUGGCCAUCUUUAGAGGACCUAUACGAGGAAAAUAUUCCGGUCUAUAGGUUUUUACAAAGACCAGGCGAUCUUGUCUGGGUUAAUGCGGGAUGUGUACAUUGGGUUCAAGCUGUUGGUUGGUGUAAUAACAUAGCAUGGAACGUAGGCCCUUUGACCGCUCGUCAGUACCAACUGGCAAUUGAACGAUACGAAUGGAACAAGUUACAGUCGUUCAAAUCCAUAGUACCAAUGGUACACCUUUCCUGGAAUUUAGCUCGGAAUAUCAAAGUGUCAGAUCCCAGACUGUUUGAAUUAAUUAAAAAUUGCCUGUUAAGGACAAUGAGACAGUGCUGCUUAAUAUUAGAGUUUGUAAAAAGUAAGGGUGUCGAAGUUCGAUUUCACGGACGAGGAAAGAACGAAGCGUCGCAUUAUUGUGGCCAGUGCGAGAUUGAAGUAUUUAAUAUCUUGUUUAUAAGAGAACAAGAAAAACGUCACGUAGUACACUGUAUGGAUUGUGCACGAAAACAAUCACCAUCAUUAGAAGGAUUCGUUUGUCUAGAAGAGUAUAGAAUGCGCGACUUAAUGGACGUUUACGAUGGAUUUGCGUUACAUUCAUCUUUAACUACUCCCUCAUCUAUUCAAUCUAGCCAAUCCUCCUGAGGUUACAUGCAACACAGAUAUUUGGACUUUUUGGGCACUUUACAGUGACUCAAUAGUACCAAUUUCUGUGUUUGUAAAGUAACUUUUUACGAUAAGCAUUAUUUAGGUACCUGAGAGCUACUACGAGAAAAAAAUGACAAGAAAUUAGAGAAAUUUUAUGCGUUAGACCAUUCACACUAAGUCAAACAUAUGUUUCCAUACUAAUUUUAAGGCACCGAGUAAUAUGUGGUAUCAUAUUAUAAGCAAUUUGAAAGUUUUAAUCAUUCUAACAAUUAGUUAGCGCGAUUUGUACAGAUAAUUAGUAGACAAUAUUUGGAUAAUUUUUUAAUCAUUCAUAUGAAACAAUGAAUACGAAGAUUUGAUACAGCUCUCGGGUAUUUCAAGUCGAAGCUAUGAAAACAGGAGAAGACUGCGUCUUUCUUUUAACUACGCGAUAUAUAUACAUAUAUAUAUGUAUGUAUAUAUAUCAUGUAAUCCUUUGAUAAUAUCGCUAAAAAAUUUCUUUUUAGUUCAUUCAGAUUAUUCGAGGUUCCAUUGUAUAAUGAAAAAUUUUGUGCAUAUAGAAGAAAAAUUAUGAAAUUGUUCACUGCCAAUUGUGAAUAUAUUAAAGGAUUACACUUAUUAGUCCAAAGUGGUGAGGGAUAAGCUAUCGUUAACUAUUGUUAUGGUUUAGAAUAUAAAUGUAAAAUAUUGCAAAGCUGCUCAAAACGUACUUGUACAUUUUUUGUAUACAAACAGAUCAUAACAAUUAUUGGUUUUUAUGAAAUUCAUCGAGAUAUUAGCACGGUACGAAUGUCCUACCGCCACUGGCAAUUGUUCGAUUCAUGAAUCAACAAGGAUAUUGAUUUCAUAGCAAUUUUCGAAACAAUUAGACUAAUAUACAGUGUUAUUAAAUAAACUUUUCUAAAACGACAUACGUCAAGAGUUUGAUAGAAAAGUAUGCAACCAGUAGAGUGGCAUUCGUAGCAAAUAUCUUGCUCUUCGCAUAUAAAUCAAUCAUUGUGUCGUUGCGGCUCUAAAAUAUUUGUACAGUGAAUUGUAUUAUUUGUAAUAGCGAUUUUGAUGAUAUAACGACUUGCAUAUUUCGAACAUGAAAAAACGAUCAUGUGCCGCGAACUGAUUAUGAAACGGCGUUUCUCAAUUUAUAGAUUUUAUUAUUACUAUUAUUAUUAUUGUUGUUGCUGUUGUUUCCACGAACGAAAACAACGGAGAAGCGUGGUGUAAAUUAGUUGGAUACGAAAUUGAAAAUCAUGUGAGGCAUUAUUUUAAUCUUUUUUUCACAAUCAUGAAACGACGAAGUAAAAAAAUAUUUAUUGAUUAUUAAUUAUAAUAUAAAUGAAUUUGUUCCGAUGAAUUUUUUAAUUAUGUUAAGUAUCUCGUUGAUUUAUAUAAUUUACCUUGUGAAGAGAGAAAAAGAAGCGUAGAUUAAUUUUUUCUUUAAUAUACUACUUAAUUUAAUUGCGAUCGUAGAGCAUUUGGAGAAUCUUAAAGAACCUAUAGGCGGUACAUAAAAUGACAUCAAGAUUAUUUGAAAGAAAAAAAAUUGGGAAACGCUGAUGUAUAAUGUCUAACAGCGAGUAAUCAUAUUUUAAAGUUAAUGAAAAAAAGAAAACGUACCUUCAAUUCAGUCUCGUCAAUUCACAUUGGUGUUUAGCAACGCCAAAUGUACGUGCCAGAAUGAUACCUAACCUACCACAAGUGUAUAAAUAAUUGCAAUUCUUGUUCCGCCGAAACGAAAACAAAACAGAAUAAAAAGAAAUGUAUUUUCACAAAUGCGUGCGAGAGAGGGAGAGAGAGAGAGAGAGAAAAUGAAAGAAGCGGUAGAUAGUACGAGUCAUAAUAAAAUCAUCGGGAAACGAUGUAUUUUUGAAAAAUUCUAGAAAAAUGCUAGGUUCCACCGAGUUAAUUAACGAUAAACAACAGCCGUAUUUCUUUUGUACACGCGACUAAUAUUCGCGUCGUUCAAUUGCAAUAUAUAAUAUAUAUAUGUAUAAAUAUAUAUAUAUUUAUACAUAAUAUACCACAGUGGCCGUGUAUAAUGCUAGUUUCUGAACAUCCGUAGCUCGACAUCUAUGGUCAUUAGACGACCAUAAUUCGGUUCAGGAGCUAAAGGAGUAUUUUAAUCCAUGCACUCAAAUGAUCUCAAAUGCAUGUAAUAUUGGCAGCCGAAUUUCACGGUGAGCUCUGCCAAUAUUUCGAACUGACUUGACAACUUGGAUUAAUAAAUUGUGUAUAAAUAUAUAUUUAAUGUAAAGUAAUAAGAUUAGGUAAACGUGAAAUGAAAUCGAAACAUACGGCUCAACGGUUUCGAUAUAGUUGAUAUUUGAAGAAAUUAGAAGUGGUCCUUCGUGUCCUGCUAGCAGGUAUAUUUUGCUGCGACCUACGGUUCGUCUGAAUUUAGUCAAACUCAGAGUUAGAGAAAUUGAUUUCCUUGAUCAUAUGCAAUGCUGUGCAUACAAAACCGUAACUGCUUAGAGAUUACAUUUUUGUUUUUAAAUACAAAGUUGAUUUAAAUUCAAACGUUACGUGUUUUGUAAGGGACUAGAAACAAAGCUGUGUAACUUUGUUUUUAAAAAGACAUGUUCAAUUACUAUUUUUGUGGUAGGUGACGUCUUGUAACAAUCUAAGAAUUGGGAAUCAUGUACAUGACACAGAAAUGACAAUUAGAUACGUACUAUAUGUUAAAUUUUGAUUGACAGUACGUAUUGAAAUUUCAUUGUUUAAUAAAAUUUUCAUUAGAGUAGAAUUGAUCACAGCAUUAGCUACUCAAAUUCGUUUGCGAUUAUUUUAAUUAUCUGGAAUGUUUUAAGUCCUUCGAGUCUAAUGUCUUAACGAUAAAUCUUUUGAAAUUCUCAUUUUAGCAUAUUUCAUACAAGUAUGUUGCAAUUAGAAGAAUGAACUGGAAACCUUAUUCUAUAGCUUUAAACAAUUGGCAGUAUUAUUGUUAAUAAAUUUUGUCAUGAAACAUGAUACUGAAAAUAAAGAAGCAUAAAUAAUUGGUAUUUAUCUGAAAAUACAAUGAAAUUUUUUACGGUAACAUACUAGAUUCUAUGAAUAACCGUCAAACAAAACAAUUUGUUUAUAAGUUAGAGAAAAAGUAAAGGCACAAAGGAUCAUUAGGUACGUUAAAAUAUACUAUUUCGUAUAGUAGACUGGGUAAUGUAAACUUCCAAAUACCAUUUCCUUGUUAAAUUGCUAUAAAUUUGGUAUUUGAAAAGUGUACAUUUGCUAGUCGAUGUGUCUAGUUUAACAUUUUACAGCUUUCCUUUUUCUUUUUUUUUUUUUUUUUCAUUAAAUCAAUGUUUAAAUUGCGUAUAAUUAUCUCUGUAAUUAAUGACGAAUUGCGAAUGUUAGUUUAAUUAAAGGAAUACCAGAGAGAACUUGACUAGAGGGAACUCAAUCCGAUUGAUGUAUUAACUUAUCGUUUAAAGAAAUGUAAGUAACUGUUGAUAUUUGAUUUCUUUCUUAAAGCAAGAGUAGAAAUAACAGGAGCAAAGAAUUGUGUAAUAUAUGAAUCCUGUAAACAAUCACUCAAGCGUUUAUCUUGCACAUACAGAUCUUUGUAUUUUCAUACGGAGAGCAACUGAUUAAUUUGAAAAAGUUAUACGAUUUAGCAUUGCACAGGAACACUAGAGAAUUAUCACAGAAGAGAUUGAGUACCCCUAGAUCCUUCUUCUUAAAACACCUCUUGAGCUUCGCAAAUAAUAAUUAGAAGAAGAAAAAAAGAAAAAGCACACGUAAGAACAUAUUUUCACUAAAAAUUAUGUACGAAGAGUUUAAGUUGUAUAUUUACCAAGUGUACGAAGCUGACAGAUAUUUAAAAAAAAAGAAAAGAAAAAAAAGAAGAAGACAAAGAUUUAUUUUUUCUGAACAACUGACUGUAGCGAAGAAGAAAGAUCAUAUUUUCGAAUUUGUCUGUAAAUGUAUCGUGAACCGUAGCAAGUUGUAGCAAAGAAAAGAAACAUAAGUGGAAGAGGAAAAAGAAGAAGAAGAUUCGUGUAGCUUAAAACUUGUAAAACUGUGUGUAUUUUAAACGUGAGAACGUUCACUGCCAAAUUGUGAUAAACAGAUCCCACCUUUAACCGGAGCGUUUUCUUAACUUCUGAUCGCAUUGACCAAUUAUUUCCUCCUAAAUAGUUACCGUUAAGAUUAUAUAGCGUCGAAGAAGAAGAUAUAGCGUUGACCAAUGCAGCUAGAAUCGAAGGAAACCGCUCCCUAUUUUAAGCGUGUAGCAUCGUAAUAAUAAUAAGAAAAAAAGAAAGAAAA